ACCAAAGGUUAAGCCAAAAAAACAUUAAAGUAAAUCGCAUUGAUUAAAAUAGAUGGCAUUUAAACCCAGUGUAAGUGUAACUCAUAGGUCUGUUGGAACCUAGCUACUGUAAAAUAGGUUUCAGGUAACAAAAGAAACAGUACUUUUUCAUAGAUUUUCUUCCCUCUCCUCACCCCUUUCUUCUUCAAACCAAUUCCUUCGAUUUCACAUCUUUUAACUUUUCAUACUGUGCCUUUCGUAUCACCAACUGUGCCUUUCAUAUCACCACCGAUGGUUUGCCAGAGUCGUUUUAGUUCAUCUUGUUAUUUUGCAGCAGCUACAUUAUUCCCUUUUCCUGUCAUGUAAACUGUUAAAAUUGAAUAUCUUUAGCGGAAAAAUGUACACUUUUUCUUCGUCCCAGAGGGUACAUGUGGUGGGUGCUGUGUUCUAAGCUUACAACAUUUCUUCUUACAUCUCUUUUAUUCCACGCUGGUGCGAGCAGUGAUGCACGCUGUUAUUCUCUCCUUUUAAACGUAACUUUCGUUGAACCUUCUCGUUCUUUAAUAACUUUAGAAACACUAUUUACCCAUAUUGACGCUACGUUUCUGAUUUCUCUCCCUUUUGAGCUUCUCUCUGACGUGUUCUCUCUUUCCUUUCCCUCUUUAUUUAUAUUCUCCCAUCCCUUCCGCUCGUGUCCACUCUCUCCAUUCUCCAAGGAAUCUGUAUCACUCUCUCUCUUACUCUCUCCUUCUUUCUCUUUUUUUCUUUAUCUUUUCCCUUUCAUUUCUCCGACUCUCUCCACCGUGACCCUCAAUGCUGUUAUGGCUUCGUCUGCCAUCAAGCAAACACAACACCUUAACCGCACCAAACUCCUCGUCCAAGAACACACCCUUCUGAAAAACCAUCACCAUCCCAAACUCGUGCGGAUACGUGUCACCGACGCCGACGCCACGGACUCCUCCAGCGACGACGAGCAGCCCUCCGUGCCCUCCACGCGCCGCAGAGUCAAAAGCUUCGUCAACGAGAUUACCAUCCACGGCGCCCGAGUUAAAGUUGUUUCCAGGAAAAGAAAGGUGAAGUCUGGCGGCGCUCCGGCGCUCCGGCGGCGAACUGGGGCGAGGAAGUUCCGCGGAGUGAGGCAGCGGCCGUGGGGGAAAUGGGCGGCUGAGAUAAGGGACCCGUCGCGCCGCGUGAGGCUGUGGCUGGGCACUUACGACACCGCCGAGGAAGCCGCCAUUGUGUACGACAACGCCGCCAUUCAGCUGCGCGGCGCCGACGCGCUCACCAAUUUCAUAACGCCCCCGGCGGAGGACAGAAAAACCGGUUACUGCUCCGGCGAGGAGUCUCCCAGUGAGGAGCUGCGUUCCCCCACUUCGGUUCUUCGGUGCUGUUGGGCGUCCGAGGAAGCUGAAUCGGUAACCGCAAACGACGCGGUUGGUCCGGCGAGCGAGUGCGAACAUUCAUGGUUUUCAGAGGAUAGUAAGUUGAAAGAUGAGUCAGUGUUUGGUAUUCCUGAGGACGUUGUAUUCGGAUUUGAAAGCACUUUGGAUAUGUUUGACGAGUGUGAUAACAACGUUGCAGAGAGCAGUGGUAUAUUCUUGGGCGAUGAUUUUGAUUUGAGUGGAUGCUUUGUUAGUGAGAAAGAGAAUUUAGAUUUGGGUUUUGGUUUUGGGUUUACGAGUUGGCAAAGAGAGUGCGAUAAUUUCCAAGACAUUGGGGAUUUGUUUGUUUGGGAUCCUCUUGUUGCUCUUUGAUUCAGACACCAUUCUCGUCUUGUAAUUCUAUGCCAACAACCAAAAGGUUGCCAUCAGUUUUGUUUUCUGGGGUUUUAGGCAAAAAAACAUGUUUUUCUUUUUAAUUUUCCUUUUCGUUUUCGAUUGACAUGAGUGGUAGUAUUUUUGAAAGGAGAGAAAUUUUCUAUUUUCUUAUUUUCUUAUUUUCUAUUCCAUCAUAUGUUUAUUAACACUGAUCGUAAAACCGUGCGUCCCACGGAGCCACCUCUGUUCUGUGUCUUGUAAUAUAUAUAAAAUUCUUCUGUCUCGUAAGUUAGUCGUUUUGUUUUAUUUA